CACGGGCAGAAAGCUACUGGUAGUGGUUUUAUUCUAUCAUUAGCAGUUCGUUCGUCGUGUUGUUCGCUUCGCUUGCAAGAGUGCCCGUAACGUGAUCUGUGCAUUUCGGUAGAUGGUGGAGAGGUGAUCCCCCUCUAAUACCUGUAAGCGACCCAGCUAGGGUGUGGUGCGUUUUAAAUAUUAAAAAACUACUUUUUAGUAACUUUGAUCCUCAGAUUUGUUGAAUUUUCGAAGAAAAUAGAGUAGAUUUCUGUUUGUGAAAUUCAUAAAUAAGUGAAAGAAAAUGAAUCAUUUAAAAAUUCAAAUGUUCGCGUUGGCAAGUGUGCUACUGCCACUUGUUUGCGUCGCCCAGAGAACCCCAUCAAUUUCGUACAUUACGCAGGAACAGAUCAAGGAUAUCGGUGGUACGGUAGAGCUCGAGUGUUCCGUCCAGUAUGCCAAAGAGUACUCCGUCCACUGGAUCAAAACCGGUCGAGACCGAUCGGACGUGGUGUUCCUAUCGACGGGCAGUGCCCUAGUUUUGAAAGAUUCUCGCUUCUCGUUACGUUAUGACCCUUCGUCGUCCAGCUACAUUCUGCAGAUAAAGGACAUCCAGGAAACGGACGCGGGAGUGUACCAGUGUCAGGUGGUACUUUCAGUGACCAACAAAAUCACGGCCGACGUAGAGCUGCAGGUUCUUCGGCCUCCAAUCAUCUCCGAUAACUCCACCCAGUCGCUGGUCGUCUCGGAAGGUCAAUCGGUACAGAUGGAAUGCUACGCCUCGGGUUAUCCGCAGCCGCAGAUUACCUGGCGUCGGGAGAACAACGCCAUCCUGCCAACAGGUGGUGCCAUCCACACUGGAAAUGUUAUGAAGAUCAAUUCCGUCCGAAAGGAGGACCGCGGUACGUACUACUGCGUGGCGGACAACAGCGUCAGUAAGGGCGACCGGCGUAACAUCAACCUGGAGGUUGAAUUCGCACCGGUAAUCAGUGUACCGCGACCCCGUCUCAGCCAGGCCCUGCAGUACGACAUGGAUCUCGAGUGCCAUGUGGAAGCCUACCCGUCACCGGCAAUCGUUUGGGUCAAGGACGACGUUCAGCUGUCAAACAAUCAGCACUACAGUACCUCCAUUUUCGCAACGGCGGACGAGUUUACCGAUACGACACUGCGUGUGAUCACAAUCGAAAAGCGACAGUAUGGCGAUUACUACUGUCGAGCAAUUAACAAACUCGGACAAGCGGAAGCUAGGGUUGAACUGUUCGAAUCGGUUAUCCCGGUGUGUCCCCCGGCAUGUGGUCAGACGUACUAUGGCGGCGAUGCUAGUUCGAUAACAGCCUCGAGCUUCCUGCUGGUAGUGACAGUAUUAGCGGCAAUGUUCUAAGGAUGGCUUUCGCUAUCUCCCUCCGUAGGUGAUUUUGAUUAAAAAUUAGGCCACGCCCCGAGUUUGCAUUACAACGAUAGAGCGAGAUGGGGAAAAACAGAAAAAAAUAUUGAUCGUACCUUACGGUGAUAUUCUUAUCGGAAUCAGAGUAGGCCUUCCCUUGUCGUCGUGUGCCUAUGUAACGAAUCAUUUUUUUUCGAAAACGAUUUUUUAGAAAAUGAUUUUCCUGAACGGGAUUAGAUCCCUCCGAGUAGGGUUUGAAAAAUUACAUUCCAGCCUUUUGAAAAUGCGAAGAAAAGUUCAAUAAUUGUAACAUAACAAUAAGGCAUAGCACUAGGAUAUAGACAUAAGGUAAAAACAAAGACGAAACAUCAAGCUAUAGGAUUACAAUAUUUUUGACAAAAUCGAAGUAGGGAAUCGAAUUAUUUGCAGAAUAAUCCCUCCACUUUAGCAUGACGAGAUCGCGAUCGGGACGAUUAAGUAUUGAAUCUCUGGUUAAUAGAAUCUAGUGCCGUCCAGAAGCAACCAGGUCUCUCAUUUUAUGUAACGGAUAUAAUCAGUUAUCACAUUUACACACAUAUCGGAGUAACUGAUAAGACUAUAAGGUAGCCCAAAAAUUUAAAUUCCAACAACAUGAAAUAACAGCAUUCCAAACUGGUAAGAGACAAACAAUAAGGAUAAAUGUUUUAUAACAAAA